CUUUGUUCGUAGUAAGUCGUGCAUUGUUUUCACUAGGCCUGAAAGAGAGUUCCAUUGAGGGGAAUUACUGAGAAGUGAGCGAAGUGGACACCUGUACUGAUCGCAUACCUGUCGGCCAGAAAUGCUCACAUUCUUCGCGAGUCCAGAGUUCGUAAACCAGCCAAUUCGAGGCAGAAGAUAAGAACUCGCUGGGUUUCUUGCUUCUCGUCUAUCUCAAAAGCGGCCAAAGGUUACGCACGGACUAUCCAUCAUCGCGUAGUUUGGUCGUCAGUGUAGACUCAGAGUUGUUUUGCUUGCUAGCGAGUGAAGUCGUACCUUGGAAAUAGUUCGUAAUGCCUGCCAAAGCCCAAAAGAUCAACCCUGACUUGCUGAAGGAGCGCCAGAAGGCCUCUUUCAAAACGGAGGAACUAGCUGUUUGGUGGAAUGGCGGCCAGAAGAAGCUGGAGAACAAACGAUUCCUCGAGGACUACUUUCUUAAUGAUCCAGCACUGCAAGAUGACUUACCAAUUUCGUACAUGUCUCACAAGGAACUUUAUGAACACAGCGUCAAAAAGUCAUACAUUGUGCUGAAGAAACUCCAUGAGUACCAGAAGAAGACUGGCAAUUCCAUUGAUAACUAUAUGGCUUUACUCGGUGGGAACCUUGGCUCAGGGCUAAUCAAAGAAGGAAACCCACUGACAGUGCAUUUUGUUAUGUUUCUUCCAACAUUGCUGGGCCAAGCAACACCUGAACAACAAGCUGAAUGGCUGCCGCGUGCAUGGAAUUGCAACAUUAUCGGAACCUAUGCCCAAACAGAACUUGGUCACGGAACUUUCAUUCGUGGACUAGAAGCUCGUGCCGAUUAUGACCCCAAAACACAGGAGUUCGUUUUAAAUAGUCCAACACUGACUUCAUACAAAUGGUGGCCCGGUGGAUUGGCUCACACCGCCAACUAUGCCGUUGUCGUUGCUCAACUCUACACGAAAGGCGAAUGCCAUGGAAUCCAUCCAUUUAUUGUUCAGCUUCGGGAUGAAGAGACACACAUGCCUUUGCCUGGAAUUAAGAUUGGUGAAAUUGGCACCAAGGUCGGAAUGAAGAGUGUAAACAACGGAUAUUUAGGCUUCGAGAAAGUCCGUAUUCCUAGGAAGAAUAUGCUUAUGAAAAAUGCUCAAGUAUUGGAAGAUGGAACAUUCGUUAAGCCCAAAGCCUCCGUCCUGACAUAUGGAACUAUGAUGUUUGUGCGGGUGGCUAUUGUAGGCGAUGCUUCGAACAAUCUCGCUAAGGCAGUAACAAUUGCAACAAGAUAUUCAGCAGUUCGGAGGCAAAGUCCAAUCGAUCCAAACAAGCCAGAACCACAGAUCAUCGAUCAUGUGACGCAACAACUGAAACUCUUCCCCCAAAUCGCAAAGGCAUUCGUAUUCAAAGUCGCCGCAAAUUAUAUUUGGGAUUUGUAUAAUCAAAUCACCGGUGAAUUGGCCAAAGGAGACUUGGAACGAUUGCCCGAACUCCACGCAAUGUCAUGUUGUUUAAAAGCAAUUUGCACAGCCGACGCUAGUUCUGGCGUUGAAUUGCUACGUCUUUCGUGUGGCGGCCAUGGCUACAUGGAAUGCUCUAAUUUCCCGACAAUAUACGGAAUUGCAACUGCGGCAGUCACUUAUGAAGGCGAAAAUACUGUACUUUUACUCCAGACCGCACGUUAUUUAAUGAAAGCCUGGAGCCUCGCAUUACAAAAUGAAAAACUUGUACCCACUGUAGCCUACCUCGGCGAGUACAGAGAUUCAACAAGGUUCACCAAUUGGGAUGGCUCAGUUCCACAAAUCAUUGAAGCAUUCAAGUUUGUUGCGGCCCAGAAAGUGCGGCUUGCUUAUAAUAGUGUUGAAAAGCGCAGGCAAUCCGGUUAUAGCCAGGAAGAAGCUGCCAAUCUAUCAGGAAUAGAAUUGACCCAAGCAGCAAAUAUCCACUGCCGAGCAUUCCUCCUACAAAUGUGCUACGAACAACUUGAGCAAAACUCGAAAGACACCUCGCCAGCCUUGGCUGUAAUUCUCAAAGACAUUAUUGAACUAUACUCUGUCGAUGCAUGUCUAACUCAUCUUGGUGAAUUGCUAAGGUUUGUGCAAUUAGAUGAAAGUCAAGUGUCGCAGCUUCAACGUAGACUCGAGACUGUUCUAGCCCGCAUUAGGCCGAAUGCUGUCGCCAUCGUAGACGGUUUCGAUUUCCACGAUAGAGUGCUGUCUUCCGCUUUGGGAGCUUACGACGGUAACGUAUAUGAGAGAUUAUUCCAAGAGGCCCAGAAAAGUCCGCUCAAUCAAGAGCCCGUCAAUAAGUCAUUCCAUGAGUAUUUGAAACCCCUCAUGAAAUCAAAUUUAUAAAGUCUGAAAAAAAUACUACAUAAAUCAUAUUAGACAAUUGUAUUCGCAGGGAGUUGGUGUUAUUUGUAUAUGUUGCGUUGUUUUUAACAUAUAUUGAAUGAAAUACAUAGAAAUAUUUUCUAUUUUUACACAGAUUUAUUGUAUUUUUAACCAAGAAAUGAUUAUUAUCAGUUGUUAUACAUUCUAGUUACCAUAAUCCAAGG